CCCGUAAAGUCGAAGAAAACAAAAAAUGAUCGGAUGACCUCUGUAGACUUCAUUUCAAAGCAGUGAUUACCAUGAGCGCUUUAAUUGCAGAAAGAAAAUGCAACUUGCUCCAUGUUCAUGCUGUUAUUUAAUAGUUUCUAGGUCGAUAAGAAUCGCGCGAAUGCCGAAAAAUUUGUCGUUUCUUAUACUCUGGUUUUGAUUUUCCUUCUCAGUCAAGAUAUGGGUUAGUUCAACUUCCUUAGAUAAAUAGCAGUGUUAAUCCCUGCAGAAGAACUCGAAAUUUAACUUCAUAACAUAUCUGCCAUGAUGUAUUAGACACAGAGGCGCUUUCUUUUUAUCCACGAUGCCCUGAGCCUUAGCCACCUGUACUAACUUAGGCAUGGCCUUCAAUCAACUUUAAUUUUUAUUCAGGCGCUGCUGGUUUCUGGAGACGAGCCUCUGUCGAUCUGCCUCUAGUACGUGAUAAUCAAGCUAGUCGAAAUAAAUCUGAAAAUAUGAAUGCAUCAACAUGAACUACGGGAAUAAUACUGAUGCUAACUGAAAUUAACUCACUAAAUAAAUUUUAGCUUCAUACCCUCCGGCUUGGAAAGUAAUGGAUACUCCUAAUAUUAGAAAAAGAUCAUAAAACAUAAUUUGCAAGCAGUCAUCUGUCUCCAAUUCAAAUGAUUUGCUUAUUGAUAUGUAGAUAUAAAUUUUUCAUUAAGCGAAGGCCAUUUAGGUUUUUACGCCAUUUCUAUCAAUACAGAACAGAUGUCUUGCAGAUCAUCACACAACAAGUUAACUAUAAAAAGAUAAAUUAUUUAAAACUCUCUACCAUGUCCGAAUCGAGCUCAGCUGCCUUAACAACAAUAUCAUUUAUUGUGGUCGUUGCAAAUGUGGUAGGAAACUCUCUUGUCUGCUGGAUCAUUAAAAAGAACCGAAAUAUGAGAACGUCCUUGAAUUUUCUACUUGUCAACCUGGCUGUAGCAGACAUCUUGUUCGCAGUGUUCAUAACUCCGAAAGUCCUUGUCAAACUGACUCUCUCCCACCCUGACGGGCUGACAGGGAUAUUCCUGUGCAAAUUCGUGACAGGUGGAGGUUUUGCGUGGAUGGGAGGCGCUUCUUCCAUUGUCACCCUGGUUUCAAUCGCUGUUGAACGUUAUUAUGCAGUAAUGCAUCUAUUUAGCAGCAAAGGAAAACUAACCAGGCGUAGACUUAAGGUCAUUAUCGCUACUUCGUGGAUAUUCUCGUUAAUCUUAAAUUUGCCGGUGUUCUUGGUCAGGUCCUUUGAUGAUAAAAGCCAACAAUGUUUCCUAAAAUAUCCGGAGACGUGGAUGACUAAGGCUCGGGAAAUGGCCUGGCUCGUCUUGACAAUUUUUCCUUUAAGGCUCAUGAUUGGCUUAUACUCCAGAGUCGUAUACCUCUUGUGGUUCAAAAAUACUCGAGGAGCCAGUCAGCUCAGCAGCAAACAAAAGGGCGUACUGAGAGUACGAAAACGAGUCACUUUGACAGUGAUAGCCGUCAGUGUCAUCUUUGCAAUCUGCUGGGGGACGAGUUCAGUUAUUUACUUCAUGAUCUACGUGACAUCCUGCGACUUUGGACAUGCUGGAGCAAUUGUCAUAACAGUUGCGGACAUGAUGAUCCUGUUCAAUUCCGCCGUCAAUCCAUUUGUGUAUGCUCUGUUAAAUCAUCAAUUCAGAGAAAAAAUUAGAAGAAUGACGUGCUGCUCUCGUUCCUCGCCAUCCAGAAUCCAUCCUAUAAGCAACCCACCGAGCAAAGAGUUCGCGGACGACAGCGCCGCCCACCUGUCACAGAUUGGAGGACUAGGGCAGAGCGCUUCAUUACAUGUUCUUUACUCGGUAACUUGUUGAAUUUCAAUUUGUAUAGCAGCGGUAAAUGACUUAAGGAAUAGAGUUGAUAAUUGUAGAUUAGCUGAAUAUUUAAACUGUGUGCAGGGAAACCGCGAUCCUUUCAACCGGCGCCACAGAUCUGGAUAGCAAAUGUAAGAAACUGGAUGGUAAGACAAAUCAACCAAUGGAGAAAAAAAUCGAAACCAAUUUCAGCGCAGACUUAGAAAGCGUGUUGUUUUCGACCAGGUCUCUCGUACCAUGGAUUGGAAUGAAGAGUUUGCAGGAAUGGGAAUGAGAUUGGUAAGCCUCGUAAACACUUAUAGGCGGCGAAGCCGUGCGAUAGGCUCGGAACCCAAGGAAAUAGAGAACCAAAACAAAUUUAAACUAAAUGCCAAACAAAACAGAGACGAAUGGAAAAAAACGUGACGUGUACAUCCUUCUGUUUAACAACUGCAAUAAGUAAUUGGUAUCGCAUCCCCUCCUACUACUGAUUAUGAGGAGACAUGUCAACCACCUUAACAAAGGAAAAAGUGUUUUGAAGGAGUGUUCACACAGCAAUGAAAUCCACUAUAAUUUCCGGUAUGCCUUUGUAAUUGCAGACCUGUAAUAUCCAGUUUCUGGAUUUCAUAUCCUUUCAUUGUCCAUCGUGUCUGAAUAUUGCUUUUGAAUAUCUUAAUAUGACAAGAUUAAUUUGAAAAGGUAGAUUAAGUCAGAUAAUAAAGUGGAGAACAAGAUUCGUAAUAGCUCAACUAGAUGAACGAGAUUUCUUGAGUAUUUGUAAGACAUAUCCUUACUUCAAAAGCUAAUUAAUUGAAGUUACCUCAACUUUACAUAUACACAACCCAGCAUAUAGCACACGAGAUACUGCGCUUGGCGCUCCCCAUCUUAUUUCAUCGUACUUUAUAUGGGAAAAAU